GAGUGUGUUCAGGGUGUCAGAUCUAGGUCAGCACUCACUCAUAAUACACAAAGUAUCUUGUAUCCUUAAGUGUGAGAUUGGAAAUUGCAGCAGGUGUUAAGUGGUUACUUUGUGAAAUGGUGAGCGAGAAGAAAAGUUCAGGUGAUUGUGUAUUCUGCUGUCAUAUUCCUUGGGCACGUAUUUCAUAUCCAGCUUUGUGCUGGGAGAGAAGGAGGAUACUAAGAAAUACUCCCUGCCUUCAUGGAGGUUGUAAUCUACUUGUCAAGGCUGAACAUGUGCAUGAAACAAACCUAAAAAAAGGCACCAGUAGAGCUUACUGGUGUUCAGAGACAACAAGCUGGGAUUUAAUGUAAUAGGUACAGAGAGCUGAGCCUUAAAGGAUGGGUAGAGUUGGGCUGUAAUAAAGGAGUAUUAAGUUGGUGGCAGGAGGAAUGAGGAGAGAAUUAGAAUGGAAAAAAAAAAAGAGCUCUUAAGAUUCUCUAAUUUAACCUUCUAUCUCCUGUAACAAGGAACGCAGCCAGUCAAGCCCAUUCAAUCUAAUUGUUAACAAAUAUUGGCAGCAUGGUCCAGUGGAAAUAUUUUGUAUUUAUUUAAUUGAAGCAAUUGGAUUCAAAACAUAGUUGUGCCAUUGUGCUACAUUUGUAACUUUGGGUACUCGUAAUACAUGGAGUGUCUCGUAUCCUUAAGUGUGAGAUUGGAGAUUGCAGCAGAUGUUAAGUGGUUACUUUUUGAAGUGGCUUCAGUUUCCUCGUGUGUAAAACGAGGUAGGACUAAAUCAGUGACUUCUAAGGGCCUUUCUAGCUCUAAAUUUCUGAUCCUGUAAGUGCCUGCUGUGUGUAAAGCACCAUCCUAGCCACCAAAGAAAACUGCAAAGAUAGAUGAAAUCUGGUUGGGGAUCCUCUCACAGCUACAAGUCAAAAAGUUCUAUGAAUUUAGAGAAUGGAGAAUUGUGAUUGCUGAGCUAUUUACUUUUGCUGGUCUUUGAAAUAUAGAAUGGGAGCAUAGGGAAGAUGUUCCAGGAUUGGAUAGAGACAGGCAAGUGUCCUGGUUUUCAGAAAGAGAUUUGCAGUGUCGGUAAGUUUGAGGUUCAUCAUUGCCCUAGGAUUUUAGAAUGUGGCAUUCUAGGAUUUAGACCUAGAGGGGAUUUUUUAAAAUGUGUUUUCCAGCUCCUUUACUUUACAGAUGGAGGAACAGGCCCAGAAAGAAGAAAGGGCUUGUAGAACAGCCCAAAGGAAUGAUUUAUGAGCACACGAAAAUGGGAAUGUAUUCAUCAAAAACAGUCAAAUAUGACUGACAAUGUGAGGGAAAUCUGAAACAAUAUAUCUGGAUUUCAUCAAGAUGUUUGACAGAAGCGGGAUAUUCUUGUGGACAAAAUGGUGAAUUUUUUGGUGGUACAUUGAGCUGGUUUCAGAAUUGAAUGAGUAGGACCUGGAGCUUUUAGAAUACUAGAAUCUAGUUCUUUGUCAUACCUGCUUUUUCACCCUGAUGUUUUCAGGAUUUGAUUUUGGAGUUUAGAAGAACUGGGUUUAAGUCAUUUACUAGCUUAAGCAAGUUGUUUAACAUCUCUGCCUCAGCUCCUCUGUUUACCUCCUUUAAACUCUUAUCCUAAGACCUUGUGGUUUAAGAAAGCCUCUGGUUCUCAAUGCCUAUGCCAGCAUAGUGUGGACUGCACAGGCCAUGAGCCUAGUGAUGGACUAUGCACCUUUAUCAUUUGAGGACCAGCCUAGUUUAUUCGAAGAGGCUUGUCACCAGAUUAGAAAUAUCAAAGAUAAUUGACCUGCAUAUUGACAGGAUUAUCAUGAAGAUUAAGUAGGAAAUGCAUUUCAAGCACAUUAAAAAUGUAAGCUAUUGUUUCCUUUUAUCUAGUACCUGUGCAAUUGUCUUAAGCAAGCAUCUAACCAACUCAGAAGGAAUUGGUGGCUAUUUCUGAGACUUUAAAACAAAUUGGUAAUUCUUUAUGAGCUCAGGAAUUUCUCCAAACUGUUGUCAGAGUUGUUAAGUAGCUGUUGUAAUGCUGGCACUUUAGUGGAUCUCUGGUCUCCUUGGUUCGAUCUUCCUUCCAGUGAUACAGAUCCCAAGCCAUCCCUGCCUGCCCAUCCUGAGAGACUUAUUCCUGUCCUCUACAGAGGAUUCCCCCAGUGUGGCAGAGGCCUUUACAUUGUGAGGAGGAUGCUAGUGGGAUGCUAGCUAUCUGUCAUCCUUUGCUCCAUGACCAGUCCACCUUCGUUUUCUGGCAUACAUUUCCCUGAUGAAAUCCUUUAGUCCUCUAGUUCCAUGUUUCAGCUUCCUCUCAUUGACCAUGAAUUUCUCUGUUGCCCUCUGUGAUUCAAUUUAAGUUCUUCAGUGACUGGUGUGUUCUAUAUUCAUGAGAAAGACUACCAGUAGAGUAUUGUUAUUUAAAAAAAGAUGGGCUUUUUUUUUCUGGAAGAAGUCUCAGGUCAUUAAAGAAGCUUUCUGUUUUCGUGAAGGUCAUUGAACCAUCUCUCUUUCUGUUUAUUCCAAAUGCAAGUGGACAGGCUCUCUGUGUUCAUCCACUUCCGUGUUAGGCCUGAUUGUCAAUCCGGUUGUUUCUGGGCAGCAGACAUUCUUCAUCCAUAGUCGAGCCAGACUCGAGUUGUGACAAAUCUUCCAGGAGGCUCAGCAGUAUUUCAAGACUGAGUGCAGUGUGUAGUGUCCUACACAAGCAGGAGUGUCUGGGGACUUCACCACACGUUGGGGAUCCCUCUUGGACUCGGACUCUGCUGGAUUGGCCCGCCAGUGGGGAGCGCUGUCGAUAAGCUGCGAGUACAAUCUGGACAACCAAAAGCAGGACGCGAGAGAGAAAGAAAUAAUCACACUUCUGUGGCACGUCUCAGUGUGAAAAGUACCUUACAGUUGUCUCACUUGAGCCUUAUGAUGACCCUGUGCUGUUACCUCAAUUUUACAGAUGAGAAGGUGAGCUCAGAAAUAGGAUUUAAAUCCAGGUCUUUCAACUUAGGUCUGGUGCUUGAGCCACCAGGAUGCCAUGCUGCUUUUCAGGUAGCCCUUUGUGGAUUUGUGGAACUCUUUCAUCUGCCCCAUGUGUAGAUGAAUGCAAACACAAAUUCCUUUAGUUUGUCCCUUCCUCAGUUCUCCCUGAACUAUUUCAUUUACAUGACAUACAGCAUUCUUCACAUAAUGCCAGUUUGUGUCCUCCUGUCCUUGUAGCCCUCAUGGAUAUCAGUGUCUCUCCUACAAAGGUGGUACUUAGUAUUGCCUCUACCACGCUAGCAUCAGUUCACUUGACAUUUUCAAGGCACUGUACAUUUCAUUGGCACUUUGGACUAGCCCUGUGAGUGGGGCACUUCCCCCAUUUACCCUUGAGGAAAUAAACCCAAAGGAGGUAAGUGGCUUGCUUGUUGACACUCCUUAAGUGUAAGAAACAAGAUUUGAGCCCAAGUCUUGUUGGCAGUGAGUCCAGCUGUCUGCUCCACAAGGCUGCUUUGGUUGGGGAGUAAAAGCAUAGAGGAGAUUGGUCAGAACCAGUAUGACAGGCCCACUUUACCUGGUAGGCAGUCCUUAAGAAGCCAUUGUAGAUUCUGGCCCAGGGAAUGCAAAGAUUACUUUAUGGAAACCCAAGGCAGUCAUCCCAUGAUCUUUCCAGCCUAUUCCCAGUUACUUCUCUGUGUCAGUAAAACUGCCAGAGACCAAAUGAUACCAUUCUGAGAGCACAGGUGGCUUGUCCUUUUUGCAGGCAGAGGCAACAGCUACCACAGAAAAGGACUAAAGCUAAAGCUGCUGGCCUAGUACUGAACCCUUGAAAGGCCCUGUAGCCAACCAAAGAUACACACAUCUUGGUGUGUGUGGCAGGAGAGUGGCCCAAAGAGCGUGUCUUUAGACAGGGAGGAUGAACAGAACCAGUCACUUGUCAACACAAAAGCAUUGGCUCCCAGGCUGGGCACAACAUGGCCAGAAAUAAUAGUGCCAAUGGGUCACAACCACCACCACCACUUCCCAAGGGGAGAGUAACCAAGAGAGCACGUAACUACACCACAUCUCCAGUUCAAGCUGUUUAAUUAGCUAUAUGCUAUUGCAGAAAGUGGUAGACAAAUUCUUAUUCCAUGCUGCUUUAUGUUAUUUUUGUAUGUUCUUUAUCAAUAAUUAGAGCUGUCUGAAAGGGAAGUUGGCUGCCUUCAGAAGUAGUGGGCUCCACUUCACUAGGAGUUUUCAAACAAGUGAAUGGCCACUUACCAGAUGUGUUAUAUUAGGGAUUCUUUAGUAGACAAUUUGAGGGCAAAAGUUCUCAUUUUACACAUUUACAACCUCUCCCCAAGGGUCAGGUUCUAAGGGGUAGUGGAUAGUAGUUGUGAAAUGGAAAGAGAUGGAGGAGGAGGAAAUGUAAGGUCAAUGCUAUAAAUUCACCAUUCUAAUUAAAAGUUUUCUAAAAAUAGGUAUGGGCACAAAGUCCAGAAGAAACAGUGCAAAUAUGGAUUACCCCCAAAAAGAUUUUUCUUAAAAACCUGAGCUACUCUGAGACAUGGAAAGUGAUGUUUCUCUCCACUUGUCAUCUCUCAUUGCUACUUGCUGCUUAAAUGUUAUUUCUGGUUUUCAAAAGAACACUUUGGCUAUAGAUUCUGAAUUCCUGGACACCCCCCGGCAGCAAAAGUCUCUGCACAAUUCCUCUAUGAGCACUGUGGCACAGAGAGAGUUACUGCCCUCAAGCUGCUUGAAGUCUAUUUUGUAAACCAUUAGAGAAUGGCCUAAGACAGUGAAUAGCCAGAGGGUUCUGACUGCUUUGUGGCAGGUCAAGGAAGGGAGACUAGACUGAAGUAGUUGGGAAAGGCUACACAGAAGAGUUAUGAGCAUUUAUCUGGGCCUUCAAGGAUGAACAGGAUUUGGAUAUAGAGAGAUUGGGAGGAGGCAUCUUGGUUGUAGAAACAGCAUAAGGAAAAGCAUGGAACUGGGAGCAACUGAAAAGACUAAGCUGGUGAAAGGUUUAUGUCCCGAAGCGGUGGAAGUUAGGUUCGAUAGCCAAAGCCGGUUAUACAUGGCUUUGAAAGCUGAGGGGUUUCAGCUGAAGGCAGGAGAGCAAGAUGUUGAAAGUUUCUGAACGGAGGAGUGGCAUGCUAUAGGAAGAUUACUAACAGUAGUGUUCAGAAUUGGCUGGACAGGGGAGAGACUACAGGUAGCACCAUUGCCCGCUACCAGGACACUGCUCAUCGUUAUUCAGCUGGGGAAUCUGAGAGGAGUAAAAUAAAAGACUGAGGUUUCCGAGCUAGAGACCAACACACUACCUAGCCCUAACUGGAAGAUGGAAGCAGUGACCCCUAGAGGAUCCCCAGGAUUCCGUGACCCCUGGAGGCCAGGGAUCCAUUGAAGGUCGUUGGGAGUUGUAACUAACAUGGAAGCUUCAGAUAUUGAGGCACAGAAAGUGGAUCAGUUAUUAAACAUGAAGGUAUGAUAGACUUCCCACCUUGACCACCCCCCAACUGCCCUCGCCAGUCUUUACCCCAAACCAGUUUCUUAAACCGUUUGAAGUCCCUUCCCCAAAUCACUCUCCCUGGACUGACUCCAAGCAAAUUUUCUCUCUCACUGAACCCUUUGUCCCCACAGAAGAUUGGAGAUAAGUAUCCAGUAUCUGUGAUAAUCUUGCUGACCCUUAAGUGGUUAGACAGUAUCAGCUUCAGUGGAAUGUAUGUGCCUUCAUCGGAUGUAACCUAUUCUUAUUGCUUGGCCACGUCUUUGCCAUGACCGAAGAAAUCCUGCCGGAAAACAUCGCGAGGUCUAGGUUCUUGGUCACCUCGGGUUUACUGUCUGUGGCUUUUGCCGCUGGUAUCAAGAUGCCCUGUACGCUGUGUCUCGCUGGCGACCAGUUUCCAGUGCACCAGGUAAAAGAAAAGAACAAGGCAUUCUCCUUCUUAUACAUGUCUACAGUCUUUGGGAACUUCUUUGCUGACAUCUCCCUCCCCUCAUUUAUGGAAAAAAGUUGCUUCUACAAAGACUGCUAUUUGAUAUACUUGAGCGCCUCAGCUGGCAUUGUGACUUUUAACUUAGUGACAUUUAUAUUUUCCAAGAAAUUAUUCUUCAUAGAAGUCCCCCAAGAGAGCAACCUACUGAAAAUCUUCAAGUGUAUCUGGUCUGCAAUUAAAAAUCAGCUCCGUCACUGUUCUUGGAAGACCCCAAGGAGGAAUCAUUGGCUGGAUUGGGCAUCAGAGAAGUUCUCGGAGAAUCAUAUUAGUGAAGUGAAGCUUUUCUUUGGCAUGCUGCUCUUCCUCUCACCCUUUCCACUUUUCUGGGCCUUGGUUGAAAAACAGGAAAUAGAAUGGAUUUUACAAGCUAAGAAGAUGAAUCGUUUUGUGGCGGGGCGUUCUGUGAAAAAUGAGGACGUACAGAUGAUUUUUUCUGCUAUCCUCCUGAUCAACCUCAUUUUAAUGGAACUGGUUUUCAUCCCCUUGGCAGAGUGGCUUGGAAUAAACUUCUCAUUAAUAAAGAAAACAAUGAUAGGAAUGAUCUUAAUCUACUUCUCAAGCCUAAUAUCAUUCCUCCUGGAACUACAAAUUGAGAAGUCUCCCAACAUCCUGCCUGGCUCCAGAGAGAGCUUCCUGAGAAUCAUUAAUGUAGCUGACAUUUCAUUUAAUGUGACCUUUCUUAAAAACAACAGCUCUAUGUCCUACUCCAGAGUGUCCCGAGUUUUUCAGAAUGCAGAUGAUUACCACAGAAUAUACUUGGACUCAGACCAGCAGUAUUUCCAGAUAAAACUGCAUACCAAUACAUUGGUCAAAGAAGAAGAGAUUCUCUUAGAGAAGAGGACGACCUAUGCUAUGAUUCUGCAUGGAAACAGAAAGUUUUACUCAAUCAUACUGAUCAAGGAGACAACUACCAAACCAGAGACUGGAGUUGCAUAUGUGAGGAUUAUCAAUAUUCUGAACAAAGAUGUUUAUAUCAUCUUGCCUGUGGACACCUACAACCUCCCGAAAUACAAUGGGACCUCUUCAGAGCUAAGCAUUAAGAUAAGCAGAAACGUAAAUCUGCUUUGUAUGAUUGAGAAGAAGGAAAAUGUGAUAAAACUGGGCUUGCUGGAGUUUGGAGCCUCUUACCUGGUCUUUCUUACUGAGGAUACCCCAACACUGAAAACCUGGAAAACAAGGCAGAAUGAAAUCAAGUCCCUUUGCAUUGGGUGGCAAUUACCACAGAUACUUAUAAUGGGGAUAGGAAAAUAUUUACUCAUUGUUUCCUGCAUGGAGUUUUUCUACUACAAGGCCCCAGAAGGCAUGAAAGUUACCAUGCAGGCUUUGUGGACAAGCACGCUUUUCAGCAGUUCUCUGAUCCUGUAUUUUGUGAACUACAUCUCCUUCCUGCCUGAGUGGAUUGAGGACUUCUUACUUUCUAACAUCCUGCUGGCUGUGGUCAUUAGUUUCUUCGUCAUAAGCUAUUACUACCAAGAAACUGUACUGAAAUUGUGGAGAGUCCCUUUCUCCUGAUUUCAGACCCUCACCCCCCUCAACCACAUUUGAGGAACAGAUGGAGAAACUGUACAUUUGACCCAGGCCCAUCAUCCCCAUCCCAGUCCUUUCCCCCUUUCUGACCCUCCUAUGGACUUUCUCUCUCCCCAGCCCUUCUCCUCAGUGGUCCUACACAUUGGCUAGAGACCAAUUUCAUUUAACUCUGGGUCAGAGUGUGUGUGUGUGUGUUCUUGGAGCUAAGAGGUUGGGGUUGGGGGUAGUGGGGAAGGCAAGGUGAGAAGGAAGGGGAAAGAUACAAGAUGAGCUCUUCUCACUCAUGAGGCUGACUGGGAGAAAGCUUCAGCGAACAGUAGGCCACCGUCUACUCAUGUCUCCCCAGCUGGGGAGUGAGUGUGGGGAGGGUAUUUGGGGAAGAACAGAGUAAAGACAAAGAAACAGUAGCUGGCUAUGUGAUUGGAUCCCAGGAUCAGAGUAGGGGAAUGAGGGGAGGGUCAGGAGGGAAGUGCCUCCAUCCUGAGUUUGAAUAAAGUUCUAAGUCACACAAUAAACCCUAUG